GGCCCUCCUCUUCAGGCCAGCUGGGCCCCAGCCUCAGCAGCCUUCACGCCUCCCCACAGCCCCACAACAGCCUCCACACACCCUUGCCCUUCUAAAACUUGACCCUUUGCAACCCUGCCCUGACCCAUCCCUUCUUUUCCAGGGACCCUCCACAUCACAGCCAUGGCCUGCAACAACCUCUGCCGACCCUGCGGACCCACCCCGCUGGCCAACAGCUGCAACGAGCCCUGUGCCCUGCAAUGCCAGGAUUCCCACGUCAUCAUCAACCCUUCCCCUGUGCUGGUCACCCUGCCAGGACCCAUCAUGACCUCCUUCCCCCAGAACACCGCCGUCGGAUCCACCUCCUCGGCUGCUCUGGGCAGUGAGCUCAGUGCCCAGGGACAGCCCAUCUCUGGUGGAUUUGGCUUUGGCCUUGGCUACGGCCUGGGAGGCCUGGGCUGCUAUGGCAGAAGGGGCUAUGGCUACAUCUGCUAA